AUGCGCUAUGUGUGCUGUGAAACUCAGUCAGAUCUGAGGGAGUGGUUUGCUACCUUUCUCAGUAUACAGUAUGACGGCGACAUGUGGCCUGAGGAUGGAGAGAGACAGACCCGGAUGAGCCGUGCUCUGCCGGACAUGCACCAUGUCAAGACCCGCUUGGUAUUUUUAGAGAUGUACUAUAGUGGAGUAACCUUUUUAAGGAGGAAGCGGCCGGCUCUACAGGACCCUCGUAAGAAACCUGGAGACCCAUUCAAACGCCCGGACCCAGAACUAAAAACACCUCCUUAG